CCCUUAAAGGUCGCUAUCAUCGCCUGUUAUCGUGCAUCAGCUCGGAGAAUUUCUCAUCUCUUAACGUUGGCUCCAGCGGCAGCUUCCCACCGAAUGACGUCAGUGGACGUCGAUCCAGCUGUUGCGUGGGCGCUCCGACUCCGACAGGACAGGACGACCUCCCUUCCCUGCAGGAUUCGGGAACAACCAUCAUGACGACGACCGUGGACAGCAUCCUCAACUUUGACCCCAAAUCGGAGGACAACUUCUACACGAUCCUGGGCUGCCAUGAGGAUUCCACGCCGGAGCAGAUCAAUGUAGAGUACAAGGUGCGGGCUCUACUCUACCACCCAGACAAAAACGCUGGCAACAAAGAAGCAGAAGCCAAGUUUCAGCAGCUCCAGAUGGCAAAGGAGACUCUUCUAGACCCAGAAAAGCGGAGCAACUACGACAAAUGGCGCAAUUGCGGAAUGGCAGUAAGUUACCAGCAGUGGCUUGGAGUCAAGGAGCAUGUUCAUCAGUCCAUGCAUUGGUCAACGUUGAAAACAAAGGACAGGAUGCUGCCUGGGAAUUCCUCUGGAGCGUCAGGCACCAAGGCAGCCGAUCAGGCAGCCCACCAGGCAGCACGCAGGGCCUCUGAAGGAGGCGCCAACAUCCAAUGGGGACCCAAAGGUUCCUUGCAGUGGAACUCAAAGCCCCCAAAUGAUGUUGUCAGCAAGUUCCGUAAUUAUGAGAUUUAAAAACAACGAGGAGAGUUCAAAUAGCACCUGCAAUGAGCUUUACCCCUCCCUCUUUCCAUUGCUGAGCUGCGAGUGACAUUCAAAGCAUUGAACCAAGUUGAUUCCAUUUUCUUCUUCAUGUAUAAGCUAGAGGUUUGUUGCCCGUUUGAAAAGCAAUUUGUGUUUUCCUGUUUCAACAUCUUUCUCCUUAUUUCAGAUUAAUAUUUUGAAAACCUGUGAUAACUGUGUGCCCCUUUCAUGGUUAAUAGUUCAAAGUUUAUUUUGGGUGGCCACUUUGUUAAUAUCAUCAAUGAUCUGCAGUACUGUGAUAUUGGGAGCAUUUUCUCUUUUUAUGAUUUAUUUUACUGCUCAUUUGCCCAUUUAGGUGAAUAUUCCUGAAGUUAUAAGUGUAUGACGCUAGUUGUAAGUGACCUUUCCUGAAGUACCUGGUAUUUUAAUUUCUUGGUGUUAGCAAAUAUCAUGAAUGCUAUUUUAAUUGAAUUAGACUGUGCAAGCUAACCCUGCUUAAGUUGUGAAAUGUGUGACAAGAAAAGAAAUAAAUGUGUUAAGUGUUAAA